AUGGAGGCAAUUGAUAGAAGCUUGUAUUGGAGGAGACCUUUACUAGGGGGUGUUAAGAUUAAUGUUGAUGGUUCUUUUAAUAAUGUCUUGAAAUCUUCUAAUGUUGGUCUUGUUUGCAAAGAUGAAUUUGGAAAUUUUUGGGUGGUUGUGGGAAGAAUAUUGUUGCCGAAUCUGCUCUCAAGUAAUCUUAAUUCUAAUUAUGAUUGGAGAUGUUCUGAUAUUGUGCAGGAUAUUAUUAUAGCUAAAGAAUCAUGCAAUAAUGUUGGUUUCUCUUUGGUGGCUCGCCAAAGUGAUGAAGCUGCUAACUUCUUAGUAGUGAUGGGUUCUAAGAAGAUGUGUUCAAUGGGAUGA